AAAAUGGAAGAAUUGUCUGUUAUCAGAUGCCUAAGACAACAGAGGGUAUCAUAGGAUGGUUAGAAUCAGCGAUGGUCACUACCUCGCAGACUACCAUAGGCCAGGCACUGUUCAAACUCAUCAAUUCAUUCCUAUGGGUCGUCGAAAAAUGCGCGCAAUGGAGUUUACCGACUCACGAAGUCGUGGCUGAAGAAAAUGGGAAAGUUUUCGGAAAAGUGGAACUCGUGAGACCGCUGCCUUGGGUCCUUUUCCUCCCGGGAUUAGUACUAUUGCGAGUCAUCAGAUGCGGUCUCAACGUUGGGGCUUUCAUUCUCAGAUAUCCCCAGAUAGAACCAAUUGGAAUCGUGAAAUUCAUACAGAGGAAUCGAAGACGAUUAAGAGCGAUGAACCUGAGGGCAGUGAAGGCCAUCAGACCCAACACGAGUACCACCAAGGACAAGAGAUUAUCGAUGAUCGAGGCUAAGAAGGCCCUGAUAAAAUCCAUCAAGUUGACUCUGUCCACCCUGUCUUGUCUGGACACGUCCAAAUCGUCCCCGUCCCCGCCGCCGACCAAAAUUUGUAUAAGUCAUGUGGACCUUGAAACGGCGCCGACUCCGGACGAGAAAUCGACCACGGAAUCUAUGGGAAGUCCGAUUCAUCACGAUAUGAAACGCAAGUAUUCUCAGAUCAGCUCAGACGAUGGGACCAGCGAGGAGUCUGACAACGAGACGCUGGAAUCGAAACUGGAUAGACUCGCUUUGAACACCAGCGCGGAGGAUCCUGAUUUCAAUCCAAACGAAUGUUCCAUCAUGGAUUCGAGCACUUCGAGCAGCGAGAGCGAAGAGGAUAAAGUAUCCUCCGACGAAUUAAAAGAGCUUCAAACGGAGAUGCUAAAUUUCACAGGACAUCGCACAAACAUUUUCGACGAGUUGAGUCCCAAGGCUACCAAAGAGGACGUGGAAGUUUUCAAAGAAAACGAGAAGAAGGAAUAUUCGCUGGUCACUCCGGAGGAUGAAGAUAGAACGAAAUCAAAUUCGACGCAAAGCGAGAACACGACAGACGAUGCGAAAGUGGCCAAUACAGAAUCCGAGUCCCAAGACACGAGGACUACUGACAACGAUAUUAUUAAUGAGUUCAUCAAUGGUGAAAGAAGUUCCGUGUCCCAGCCAGUUCUUUCAGAAGUGAGUUCGACACUGGAAGUGACGAACGGAGUGGUGCCUAAGAAACAAAAGCAACGAGCGCCUGUCUCGACGACAGAAGCUUGCGUGCCACCGCAAGCUCGAACUUCGAUCUCCAAGGAGAACUCGUCGCACGGGCACGAAAGAAAAGGGUACAAGCACAAGAAAACGGGUCGCAGGUACUAAAAGAUUUUCGAUCAUUCAGUGUAAAUGGCCUUUUGUUAAAAACAGAUGAAAAUUGAAAAACAAUUAAUAUCAGAAGAAUGAAAUAGUGACACGACUGUUGUAUAAAAAAAAAAAUUAUUCUGCUUUUCUGUUACAAUAAUUGUUAUCACCGAACGGUAUGAUUUAUGGUGAAACCAGAAAGUUUGCAACGAUCAAACGGAUGUUAUUUUUUUAUUUUAAUCAUGAUAACACGAUUGUUUUAUACUUAGAUACAGGUUAUUGUUGAAUGCCCAUCGGUAACGUUAAGAUAUGAACAUGUAUACUUAUGUUAUUACUUAAUUUCGUGAUACGGUGACAGUUUUAACUUUGAGUACUGUUACGAAAUUUAUUAUGAAACUGUGAGUGCAUUGUGUUAUGUUGCAGUGUGGAUGGAUGCGCGUGUUUCAAAAAUUACAACCUGAUGCGUCCUUUUUGUAAAAUUAUGAUAAUUAUUUAUUCAACUGUUUACGAUGUUUACCAAUUGUUUAAUGACAAACGUUCUUAUCAUUUUUCCGCUUUCGUGUAAUGAAUAAAUCGUUAGACAUUGGA